UCUCACUUUUUCUUUUCUUUUUUUCUGAUCGCCGCCUUUGCAGCCAUUGAUAAAGAAAAGAAGAAGAGGAAGACGCAAUCUUUUUGUUCUUUUAUGGUUUUGGAAUCGAUCUGUAAUCUCAUUCUGACUUUGAUCCAAUCGCUUCUUAUCUAGAAACCCGACCCGAAAAGCCAUGAGAGUCCAUCCAAUUCUUAACAACAACACAUUGAUCCACCACCAUCAUCACCAUAACCCGACCCGAGAACCCGGAAAGAAUCUCCGUCGCUUACCUCACAUCUUCAACCGCGUUCUCGAGCUUCCGCUAAGGUCCGAAGCAGACGUCUCCGUGGAAGAGAAACCCGAUUGCUUCAGAUUCGUGGCGGAGACGGACGGUCUUCGCGGCGGCGGAGGGGAGAUGACGGCGUAUAUGGUGGAGAUCCAUCCGGGUAUUACCAAGAUCGUCGUUAGGACAAAUGGGUUGUCUUUGGGUUUGUCGUUGGAUGAGUUGGAGCUUGAUGUCUGGCGUUUUAGGCUUCCGGAGACGACGAGGCCUGAGCUUGUUACCGUGGCUUGUGUUGAUGGGGCUUUGGUUGUUACGGUUCCUAAGACGGUUUCAGAGGGGGGUGAUGAUGGUUUUGGACAAGGUGUGGGAAGUGGGAGGCUAGUUCUUGUUUUGUAAAAUCGAGCCAUGUCUCUGCUUUGGAUUAAGACAGCUUAUGUAAUUAUAUCUAUGAACGUUUUCAUUUGAAUCUUUGUGAGUUUCUUGAUCAAGAAACGUGUAAGAGAAGACAAGUCCUCGUUUUGUUUCAUACAGGUUCAGGGACAGUAGCUUAAGAUCAACCUCGUCUUUCUUCA